AUGAGGCGAGUUAAAGCAGAAGAUAUUGACAUGGAAACUGUUAUUGAAUGUUUCAAAGACGUUGUGGCUGUUCCAACAGAAACUGUGUAUGGAUUGGCAGCAGACAUAAGAUGCGAAAGUGCAGUUGAGAGGAUAUUUGAAUUAAAGGGAAGACCAGGCGACAAUCCAUUGAUUGUACAUGUUUGCUCGAUUGAUAUGUUGAAAAGCAUUAUUUCUGAGCCGAUUCCCAAGGAAUAUCAAAGACUAAUAGAUAGAUUCUGGCCAGGCCCUCUUACUUUGUUAUUCAAGACAAAAUGCGAUAUCAGCCUCCGAGUAAGGGGUGGGCUUGAUACAGUUGCUGUCAGAAUGCCUGGUAACAAAUGCUUUCUAAACAUUAUUGAAAGACUUGGAGCACCUAUUGCUGCACCAUCAGCAAACAUAAGUGGAAGACCAAGUCCUACAUCUGCAGAUCAUGUCAUAGAGGACUUUGGAGAAAGAAUUGGACUAGUAAUUGAUGGAGGGCCAUGCUCUGUAGGAUUGGAGUCUACAGUUGUAUCAAUGAUGGAAGGUAAGUUGCAUGUUUUGAGACCCGGAGGGAUUUCAUUGGAAGAACUUACUGAGGUAGCCUGCUGCGAUGUUGUUGUCAGUAACAAAAUGCUAGAGAAUGGAAAAGUGUAUUCACCAGGACAGAAGUAUAAGCAUUACUCGCCAACUGCACGAUUGAUUUUAUUUAAAGGACCAGAGAAUGAAAUUGGAGAAAGGAUGCAAGAAUACAUAUUGUCUAACCUUAAAGUUAAGAAAUGGGGAAUAGCAUUGCAUUCGAAUGUGUGUAUUGGAAAGAUUGAUGACAAAUCCAAAGUUAAUAUUUUUGACAUGGGAUGUGAGAAGAGAGUCAUAAGUAGAAGGUUGUUUGAAGGGAUAAGAAGUCUGGACAAGGUUAGCGAGGUUAUUUUAGUUGCAGGAGUGACAUUGAGUGGGGAAGGCAGUGCGAUUAUGGAUAGGCUUGAAAGAGCAUCCGAUAUGAUUUUUGAAUGA